AUGACUGAGAAUGAAUCAAAAGACUGCCUUUUCGUCAAGUACAACAUGCCUGUUCCAACGUCGAAACAGGCCCCUAAACCGCCUCGAACCAUAUGUGGUCCAAAUCCCAACCCUCCUGAAGAUUUGGAGACUUCAGGAGAGAAUAAGUUGGAGGCACGUCCAGAUAUUUGCAAGGCCAUGUCUCCUUCACAUUCUCCAACCGACCAAAAAACUCUGAAGAUGCUGGAGGAAGAAUUUCCACCUCGAGUGGAAAAGGUUGGGAAAGAUACCUACAUUUCAACAGUGAAAGAGGUGCAGGCCUCAAAAAUGGAAAUAACUGGGCUUAUCGAUGACAUUCGCAUGAAUCUUCUUCAGCGUGCUGCCUGUCGACGGCCCUUGUGCCAUAUUCGUGAAGACGUCUUAUAUUGUACUGUCAGAGAGCUUCUUAGACAGCUAAUUAUUGAGUGCCCCGAGAGAGGACUUCUGUUUAAGCAGGUUGUGGAUGAACACUACAAAUACUUCCAUGCCUACGAGGUCCUGCUCAGGUUUAAUGAUGCCUUCAUGUGUCGAAGGAGCCUUCAAACAAUGCAUGAGCAGAAUGCUCAAAAAAUGAGGGUAUGUUUAUGUGAUGUUGCAGACCUACCAAAUGCGACUUCUCUUAUCCAGAUUCGAGAUCUAGAAGAAAAAAUUGACAGCCUGAAUCAUCAAGUGAAAGUACUAAAAGAAACAGCAGAGCGACUGGAAAAGAAGAACCAGGAGGCGAAAGUGAAGGGUGACAUUCAAAGACAGCGUGAACUUCGCUAUCACACCAUUCUGGGUGAACAGCUGAAGGUUGGCAUUCUUGAAUCUAUUUUUGAUUAA